GCUGGGGCACUGCGAAGCCUAGGGCGGCGGCGGAGCACGAUGGAGAUCCCGGUGCCUGUGCAGCCGUCUUGGCUGCGCCGCGGCUCGGCCCCGUUGCCCGGGCUUUCGGCACCCGGGCGCCUCUUCGACCAGCGCUUCGGCGAGGGGCUGCUGGAGGCCGAGCUGGCUGCGCUCUGCCCCGCCGCGCUGGCCCCCUACUACUUGCGCGCACCCAGCGUGGCGCUGCCUACCGCCCAGGUAUCGACCGACCCCGGGCAUUUCUCGGUGCUGCUGGAUGUGAAGCACUUCUCACCGGAGGAAAUCGCCGUGAAGGUGGUUGGCGACCACGUGGAGGUGCACGCGCGCCACGAGGAGCGCCCGGUGAGCCCGCUGGCGGGGGCCGGGCCUGAACGAGAUGAGCACGGAUACAUCGCGCGCGAGUUUCACCGCCGCUACCGCUUGCCGCCUGGCGUGGACCCUGCGGCCGUGACGUCCGCGCUGUCCCCUGAAGGCGUCCUUUCCAUCCAGGCCGCACCUGCUCCGGCCCAGGCUCCACUGCCAUCGCCGCCAGCGGCUGUCGCCAAGUAGGAGCCAGGGCACGCGAACCCUGGGAGCCGCCUCAGGCCCCUCCACCGCACUUUUAGACCUGACUCCGCCCAGCCAGAUGUCCCGAGCGCGCCAAGACUACCCGCCCACCCAAUCUGGGAUCUGCCUUGAACCUUCCAACCUAGACGCAGCCUUGAUAACGUAGACCUUUCCACUGACACUGC